CACGCCGCUGAUCGCGCGCUGCACAGCUGGAGAGAGGAUGCCUCGCUGCGCGACGAUGGGGCGAGCAGAGCUGGUCAGCGCGCUUGGCGACGAGCAGGGCUCGCGCGGGCUGCGCCAGAGGCUGCUGGCGGCGCCCUCGGCCGCCAGCUCAGCCGCGCUGGUCGGCGGCCUCGCGCAAUGCGUCUCAUCCUUUCGUCCAGACAGGCACGCGCUAUUGGUCGACGCGGUGCUGAGCCUGCACUGGCGGUCCUUCCAGCGUCCGCUCCCUUCGAUGCCAGCGGUCGUGCUCCAGUUCGUGGAGGAGCUGGUCAGCGCCGCGCCAGCGUUUCUGCGGCAGUGCAUCUCGGCUCUGACGCACUCCUUCCUUCCGACGCUCGCCGCUCUUCUGCGCGGCUGCCCGAUGGGCACCGACUUCGUCUUUGAGUCUCUGCGCACGACGUUUCCGCACAAGCGGCGAGACGCGCACGCGCACGUCACGUUCCUGCGCCAUUGCCUCGCGGUGCUGCGCUAUUCGCCCGCGCUGCUCAAGCGCGUGGUCGGGCUGCUCGUCGCGCGGAUGGUCGAGCUCGACGUCGAGAUUGCGCUGCAGCAGCGCCACCUCGAGGAGGCGGAGGGCGAGGAGGACGACGAGCCCAUCUUCGAGGUGGACCUGGGCGACUCGGUGCAGGACGAGCUCGCAAAGAUGCGGAAGAACGCCGACAAGCUCGACGGGAUGAUGGCCCUCAUGUUCGAGUUCAUCGCCGAGACGUGCGGCCAGCGCCGGUCGGCGGAGCUGCCCGACGGCACGGGUGACGCCGAGCGGCUGCUGCACGCGCUGCUCGUCGCCUUUCACGAGUCGCUCCUCUACACGCACAAGUGCCGCUGCGUGCAGUUUUUGCUCUUCUUUGCGUGCUCCUUCUCGCCAACCUUCACCGACGCCUUCCUCGGCCUGCUGCUGCGGCAGGUGGUCAACGAGCAGAUCCACUCCGAGGCGCGCAUCGCCUCGGCCGCCUACGCCGCCUCCUUCCUCGCGCGCGCCUCCUUCGUCCCCCUGCCCGCGGGCGCGCUCUACCUGCUCUGCUACAAGCACGCCGCGCUCCUCGCGCCCGAGGCGGCCGAGGCGCGCGAGGCGACGGGCGCGCUCGUCGGCCGGCUCAUCGGCGGCGCGCUCAACCCGCUCAAGUUCUGCCAGGAGGCGGUCCUCAUCGAGUUCGAGCGGCUCGGCCUCGUCCCAGCGUGCACCGCCAUCGUCGCCGCCAACGAGGGCACCGCCGUCGGCUCGCGCGACUGCCGCGGCGGCCAGAACCGGCUGGACGACUUCUUCCCGUUCGACCCGCUGCUCCUCAAGGUCUCCUCCGGCUACGUGCAGCCGCUCUACCAGGUGUGGACCCCGUCGCCGGCGCGCUGCCACGCGGAGCGCGAGAGCGAGAAGUCCGCCCUCUCCGAGUCCCUCGCCUCGGACGCCUCCGAGGUGGUUGGCCGCUCGCUGCAAGGCAUGUCCCUCACGCCCGCCGGACACACGCCCAUCGACGACAUGGAGGCGCUCAUGCAGAGGCGAUUCGCCGAGCAGGGCCAGCUUCUGCUACAGUACUGAGCGCCCACAUUCCCGUGAGACUAUGUGGCCUCUCUCCCCGAUUGUGCUCGCGCUCGUGUGUCGCGAUAGCGCGCGCGCGGCCGCCUGGCCACACGAGUCACGCACGAGCGAUCUCUACGUUCUUGUGUGGCCACCCGCCUGUGCUGUGAUUUCCUGCAAGCGGAUAUAUAUCAUAUGACGCGCA